AUGGCUCCCGUUUUGCCGAUCGGGGAUAUCCCCGACAUUCCAGUGAUGUCGGUGGAGACUCGCGAUGCUCCAUCAGACCUUCUUCUCGAUCCCACGCCCUCCCUCAACUACAAUACUCUCGUCGCACGCGCCAAAUCUACAACAACAACAGCCGGCGAUGCACCUGUCCGCGGGGCAGGCACAGUCAGUCCUAGCAGUAUCAAAAUGCAGGGCCUGAUGGCCCUGUUUGCCAUCAUCGGUGCAGCUUUCGUCAUCGCCGGCAUCUGGUUCUUUUUCUGGGCCAAGAACGGCGGCUUCGUUUGGCGCAAAGGAGACUGGGAUGACUACAAAUCGACCGUAUUGCGUCGAAAGGGACCCGACGGCAAAACCCUCAGUAACGCCACAAAGAGUACAAAGCUAGGCGGAGGCAGUGUCGUUGGCAAGGGCUACAGCGAUGAUGGAUACUCCUACGCCGACUACGAUACCUACGCGGAAACCGCAACAAACCCGGAGACAGCGACAGUAAUGACCGAAGACAAGCCAAAGAAGAAGAGACGCAACUUCCGAGACAAAUUCAGACGCCGCCAAAAAGAUGAGCAAUACGAAGGCGAAGGCGACGACGAUGUUCGCGCAUACCGUGAAGAAAAGCCCGCUCGUAUUGGCGGCAUGAACCGACAAGCCGAAGGCACCUACAAUGGCAGCGACUACGACUCCUCUGCCGUUCCGACCAACUACCAACAGAGCGAGAUGAGUGAGGUACGAGACUACGCAUACGAACAGCCCCGUCGCCCUCACCGCGGCUCUCGCCGUGCCCCCCGAGACUUCUCCUUCACUGCCGGCAGCGAAGAGGUCCUCAGCCAGACCACUGAAGAAUCCCAACUCCGUGAUCCGUCUCAGCGCCGCCAGAAUCGCCGACGUGAUCGUGAACGUGAGCGCAGUGCUGCUCCCCCUCCUGCGCCUUCUUCUCGCACCAGCAGCCCCCGCAAAAAGGACCGUCGCUCUAUGCCCGGUCACUUUACUGAGCCGCUGGAUUUCUCAUCUGCUGGUUCCCGCUCGGAGUACCAGUACUCGAAUGUCGAUACUGAGGACUCUGCCGGUACUAAGAGCUAUCACCACCCGAUCCCUGGACUGACCAAGGGCUAUCGCCGUGAUGGUCGCGAGGAGCGAAGCCACCGCCGUCGACGUGACAGUCUGAGCGACAGCGAUUAA